CAAGGCGGCCGACAUCUUACGAGAGAAGAGAGUGUCUUGAGCAAUGUCACCUGUACGGAACCUGUCACCAACUUUGUUUUUAUCAAGGUCCACAAGACUGCUUCAUCCAGUACCGUAGUCGUGUUGCUGAGGUUUGCGUACGAUCAUCACCUGGUCAUGUGUUAUCCACACACAUCGUGGGGGAUCGCUGGGUUUAGGCUGACCUUCCCAAGCUCGAAGAUAUACAAGUCCAACUGCAGUCGUUGGCAGCAAAUUGGUGAUCACUUCAACUUCUUAGUACAUCACACAGUCUUCAACAAGACAGCGAUGGACCGGGUCAUGAAACCAGGCACCAGGUACAUCGGCAUCAUGCGAGAACCCCAGAGCCACAUACGCUCCUGGUUCUUCUACAACCGCCACCAUCGCAUCUACAAGAACCAGGGACAUAAAAACCCGCUCGGGGAAUAUCUCGACAACCCCGAGCAUUUCGAAGAGUUGGCAGGGAGACGGAAAAAACGACCGUAUGUAGGGGAUAGAAACAAGCAAGCUCACGAGUUGGGUUUUCCACCAGAACUACUCAACACAGAAGACACCGACACCAUGGACACGGCAAUCCGACAGCUCAACCAAUCCUACACCUUCAUCAUCAUCAGUGAAUACUACGAAGAGUCCCUUGUGAUGCUGAGACGGAAGCUGUGUUGGGAUAUGUAUUACAUACUGCACUCCAACAAGAAGAUCCACGAGCAACACAACCCAAAGAAAUACAUCCCCUUCACGGACAAACAGUUGGAGAAUCACAGAAGAAUCAACACCAUAGACUACAGAAUGUACGACUUCUUCAACAGGACAUUCUGGAAAACCGUCCAAGAGGAAGAGAAAAGAGGGUUUUGGGAAGAAGUGGCGUACUUCAAAGACUUAGUAGAAAGACCUUAG